AAAAAAAACCACAAAUGUCUGACUACAACGGCGGUUACUCCAACUACAACAGCGGCUAUAACAACAACACACACCAAGGUGGCUACGGCGGAAACGGCGGCGGCUACGGUUUCAGCGGUGGCCGUGGCGGUGGCCGUGGCGGUAGAUUUGGUGGUAGAAGAGAGACUGAGCGCAUUGAUUUGUCCACCCCGGAGUGGGACUUGGACGCGUUGCCUCCCUUUGAGAAAAACUUCUACACCGAGCACCCAGAUGUCGUGGCACGCUCGGAAGCCGAGGUUGCGGCUUUCAGAAAGGAGCACGACAUGACAUGUGAGGGCACCAACAUCCCCAAGCCCAUCACGUCGUUCGACGAGGCCGGGUUCCCCGACUACGUGUUGAGCGAAGUCAAGCAGCAAGGUUUCCCCAAGCCCACUGCGAUCCAGUGUCAGGGUUGGCCCAUGGCCUUGAGCGGUAGAGACAUGGUCGGUAUCGCCUCCACUGGUUCCGGUAAGACCUUGUCCUACUGUUUGCCAUCCAUCGUGCACAUCAACGCGCAGCCUUUGUUGAAGUCCGGCGAUGGCCCCAUUGUGUUGGUUUUGGCUCCAACAAGAGAAUUGGCCGUGCAAAUCCAGCAGGAAUGCUCCAAGUUCGGCUCCUCGUCCAGAAUCAGAAACACGUGUAUCUACGGUGGUGCACCAAAGGGCCAGCAAAUCAGAGACUUGGCCAGAGGUGUCGAGAUCUGCAUUGCCACCCCCGGUAGAUUGAUUGACAUGUUGGAGACUGGCAAGACCAACUUGAAGAGAGUCACUUACUUGGUCUUGGACGAGGCCGACAGAAUGUUGGACAUGGGUUUCGAGCCUCAAAUCAGAAAGAUUGUUGACCAGAUCAGACCAGACCGUCAAACCUUGAUGUGGUCCGCCACCUGGCCAAAGGAGGUCAAGAACUUGACCAGAGACUACUUGCUUGACCCAAUCCAGGUCACCGUUGGUUCCUUGGAAUUGUCCGCCUCUCACACCAUUACUCAGGUCGUCGAGGUCAUCACUGAGUAUGAGAAGAGAGACAGAUUGAUCAAGCACUUGGAGACCGCCACUACCGACAAGGAGGCCAAGUGUUUGGUCUUCGCUUCCACAAAGAGAGCAUGUGACGAGGUCACCUCUUACUUGAGACAAGAUGGCUGGCCUGCGUUGGCCAUCCACGGUGACAAGGAUCAACACGAAAGAGACUGGGUCUUGAAGGAAUUCAGAUCCGGCAAAUCCCCCAUCAUGGUUGCCACCGACGUGGCUGCCAGAGGUAUUGACGUCAAGGGUAUCACAUACGUCAUCAACUACGACAUGCCAGGUAACAUUGAGGACUAUGUCCACAGAAUCGGAAGAACCGGUAGAGCCAACACCACUGGUACCGCUGUUUCCUUCUUCACUGACGCCAACUCCAAGAUGGGUGGUGACUUGUGCAAGAUUAUGAGAGAGGCCAAGCAGGAGAUUCCACCUGAGUUGCAAAGAUUCGACAGAAGAUCUUACGGCUCGCACAUCAGAUACGGCGGUGGCCGUGGUGGUAGAGGCCGUGGCCGUGGUAGAGGUGGAUACGGGGGUGGCCGUGGUGGUUACGGCCGUGGCUCGAACGACCAGCCUUUGGGAGGCAGCCUGCGUCGUUUCUAAGUUAAAGGGUCUGUACAAUACUGUUUUCCAUCUUUUUU